AUGACCGAAUUUGCCCCCCCGGCAAGACGUGCUCAGCAGGCCAAUACAUCAUUCACGCCCGAGGAACUCACAGCCUUUCAGAUGCUUAGUGCUCAUGAAAAGGCAUCGAAGGUCACCCCAAAACUUCUCGCCUUUCAGGAAAAGACACAAGAUGGUGACAAUUGGCCAGUUCCUGGAGGAUUUCUGACAUAUGUUGUCUGGGAGAAGGUUCCCGGAAUACAGCUAGGCGAUUCUACUGGAGCCGCUCCGUACUUUUGGAAAUCAUUCCCCAGGAAAGAGGAUCGGGCUCCAAUCCAGAAGGCUUUCCUGGAAACUUUCAACUACUGGGUCGGAUUUCGCAAGUGGGGUGCCAUCAGGCCAGAAAGGAACGUGAGAAAGGGCUGGCUGGCUUUUUUCGACCUGGUCAAGGUUCCUCCCCGCCAACAACCCUUGGAAGCUGACUGGGACGGGAAUACCAAGGAAUGGAAGUUUUAG